AUGUGGGCCUCUCACUUGGAUUUUAGAGACUUGGUUAGGAACUGGUGGGCUACCCAGGUUCAAGGGACUGCUAUGUUCAGAAUUGUGGAGAAAUUAAAACUCAUCAACAGGGAAGUCAAAGGAUGGAAUAAGGCUACUUUUGGAGACAUCUUCAAGAAAAAGAAGGUUCUUGGCUCUAGAAUGGAACAAAUCCAGAGUAUUAUGGCUAUUGGUAACCCCCCCGACCCUAUUUUGAUGGAGGAAGAGGAGUGCCACAAGAAUCGGAAGGAUAUCCUCUCUAAGGAGGAAAUUUACUGGAAGCAAAGAUCCAUAAUUCAGUGGUUGAAGGAAGGGGACAAAAAUUUGGCCUUCUUCCACCGAUCGGCCUACAUCCACAGGAGAAGGAACUUCAUCAAAAUUCUAAGGGAUGACUCUGAUCAGGAGAUCAUUGGUGACUCCUUAAUUAGACAAAGUGCCACUGACUUUUUCAUAGGAUUAUACACGGAGUCCGGAAGGAAUGAUGUGUCUCUUGAAGAUAGCCUUUUGAGCAAGCUUCUGAAUGCCAUUGAGGAGGAAGAUAACUGUCAGUUGCUUGCUCCUAUCUCCUCAGAAGAGGUCCAUGUGGCUAUCUUUUGUAUGGGUGCUUAUAAGAUCCUGAGCCCGGAUAGAUUCCCCCUGACAUUCUUUCAGGAUUAUUGGGAGAUUGUUAAAUAUGAUGUUACAAAAGCAGAGAAAGAUUUCUUCAAGACAGGUAAAUUACUGAAAAAAUUGAAUAACACUUACAUUGUUCUUGUCCCUAAGGCAGAAAACCCCAAUUGCAUGAAGGAUUUCUAA